UGACUCGUGUUUUGAAAAAUGCCUUCAAUUUUGAAAGUGUUGUCAAUAUUUGAGUGAAAAACUAAUCAAUCGUUGACUCAAUUGAAGCGCUCUUCGGGUGAUAAUCACUUGCCAUCCGAAGACAUGUAUGACCCGAACGUGAAGUCCCCGAAGAGUUGUGGCCAACAAAAGCAAAGCCAUAAAGAUAUGUACAAAACGUCUCCCAAUUGGCAACUCAUCUACAAAAAGGAAUGCUUAACACAACUGAAUGAUCGCCGAAAGGAGAGCCGAUCCAGACUUAUAGAGCGCUUCCGAAACAUCGACUUAAAUGAGACAUCAGUUGUGGAGGAGUUGGUCACCACUGAGAAGACACAGAUUGUGGAACAAGUGAUGCAAUCGGUUUGGAGUCAAUACACGUCCCAAUUGCCCAUUGAUAGCACAGAUAUCACCGAUUUUAUGGAACAGAUUAGACAAGAGUUACUCAUCGAAGAGAGUCAGUAUUGGGAAGAGAUGUUGGAGUGGCGUAAGGAAGAGGAGGUCCAAUGGAUGGUUCAGAACAGGGAUUCUGUGGUCUGUUUUUUCUGUCAGAAGAAUCCUCUGGAUAUCACUACCAGUAAUGACAAUAAGUCGGAACUAGUUUGCAGUAAAUGUGGUUUCAAUUUGCGGACUCCGUUUUCGCUGACACUGCCAUACCUUCAGGAGAGAGUGGAUCACAUAAUAGCUCAGCACUCAGUCCUAUGCGGCAACACUUCACUCAAAUUCAAUUUAAUCAACGAUUGCUCAAACAAUGGCUACAAUAAUAUCUCGGUUUCGUGUGACUGGAGUAGGGGUUACGGGGAAAGGGGGGACAGUAGUGCACAACAACAGCACUGGCAGACUGUGUGGUAUUGUAUGGGAGAGCAGUGCGCAGAGCAUACACUUACAGCGCACGUGAAGUUGAGGUCCUUUUAA